UCAUGUUUGAAGACAUCGCGGGAGACGUCCUGAAAUAACAUGUAUAGGAACGGAGUAUCGCGCCCGCGCCGCGGCGCUGUCGUCACACGUUCGCCGCCAUUUUCACACACCGCGCGAGCUUUCCCGCAAACAGAUGAGCAACCAUCCCCCGCAACGCCAGAGCAUCGAGGAACGAGUUGUGUCGUAGGCAGCGCUGCUCGUCGCACGUGCUUGUACACCUAAAGAAAUAUAUAUCACGUGACAGUUUCAAAUUAUUUCAUAAAGAUCCUGCUAGAUGACAGUUAUUCAAAGGACUAGUGCGGCAAAAGUGGAAAAAAUGGAUGGUACUUCGAAAGAAGAUAGUGCAAAAUCAGCAAGACCAGUCAGGAAUAGGAGAUACACACGGAGAUGCUUAGUGGCCGGCCAGCGUCCUCAGAAGAGGCUGUUCACUCCAGAAAUAAAACGCUAUCUCAAAGAUUGGCUCGUCCGAAGAAGAGACAAUCCUUACCCGAACCGCGAAGAAAAAAAACAAUUAUCGAGAGAGACGGGAUUAACGUACAUACAAAUCUGCAACUGGUUUGCUAACUGGAGAAGAAAAUUAAAGAACGUGAAUGCUGAUCGCAAUCAACUCACGUGGGGUCAUUUAAUACGUACAUACAACGACCGCGCCCAGGGCAACGUGGAGCAAUUCAGCAUCUGCUCAGACGACAGCAUAUGGAGCGAACCAGAACAAUCCAGUCCGAACAACGAACAAGACUACGACGCGAGGUUCGAAAACAGCCCGGACUCGAAUACUUCGUAUAAACAAGACACAGAAGAAACAUCACCGCCCUGCGAGAAAUACGAAAGCUUCAACAAUAAUUCCAACGAGAUAGAGAGAUGCGAUGAUAAUAAUUGCGAUAAGGUCAUCACUAGUCCAGUACUUCUAAGCAAAUGGCUGGAAAGCGCAGCUCGGUUCCAACCAAGCGAAACUAAUUAUUCUUGGUGGGCGGAUGGGAGAAGACGAAAACAAGAACAAAAGGUCCAAAGAAUAGUUAUAAACACAAUAAAACAUGACAGGGAUGAGGUCGAAGCAGCGAUGGCACUUACAACGUUGGCAUCAGCUAAUUGUCUUACCGCUCCAUAAUAUGCAAAGAAUUUAAAAACCAUUUCAAAUAUAUUGAAUGCGAUAUAGACUAUGAUUGUCUAUGCAUAUCGAAUGUAUGUUUUAUAUAUCAGCUAUAUAUGAUGAAACAUUUAACAUACCUAAGAAAAUUCCUUUAUAUUCCAAGAUAAGGAAAAGCUACUCCCUCAUUGAAAUUAAUGUUAUAAUCCCUUUGCUCAAAACCGUGACAUAAUUAAGAAUAUAAUAUCUUUAAUGUUAAUUAAUUUUAAAUUUCGAAUGUUUUGAUCUCUUUAACAUUAUCUUUAGUCAUAGAAAAUACCAAAGAUUGUGUUUUUUUUUUUAAAUACACCAUUUCUGUUGAAAUAAAUGAAGACUAUCAAUUUAUAUCCUGUAAACCAAUUAAAUUAUGUAGAAAAUUAUAA